AUGGAACAAAUCCCUGAGUCAGAAAGCACUCAAAGCAAUUCAGAAUAUGCUCUUCCAUUUCAAGUUAAAGAAGAGAUAGUUUCUUCAGAUGAGGAGUCAGGGGAAAUCUCACAGCCACCACAGAAAACAGAAACAAGUAAGGAGGCAUUCAAACGUUUGAUGUUACUUUCCAGCUAAAAUUUGCUGGGUCAGAAAAGGUUUAAAAAGUGCAGCGUUUGUUUUAUAGUUCUAUUUCUCGAAACUUUUCGAUCUUAACCAGGAGUCAAAAAGGUACGAGAAAUGGAAAAGAGGACGCUUUUAGCGCCAAGCGACUAAAAUGAGCGCAACAGGUUUUCUAAAGAUUGUUGGGCGUUUUAAAAAUCAUUAUUAACUGAUAGUCUUGGACAAGAUAGUCGUCUUGAACAUCACAAAUGUAAAAAAUUUCUCUUGAUUGCGAUGAGAAUAUUUUUUACUCUUCCCGAAUCAGUUUUUUUUAUAAUAAAUGACAAUUUUUUGAGAAAAGAAUGUUUUGUGCUCCUACCUAUAUCGGUUUUUGCUGACCACGAUGCAAUGAUUUCAUCCUGCUGCUGCUUAAGGAAUCCUAGGGCAACAUUUAACAAACAGAACAAACUUUUGAACGAGACGUUAAACUGCUCGAGUCAGCUAUUUUUUUUCUUUUUGUCAAGAAAGAAUAAGUCCCGAUUGUUGUGGGAAAAAUAUUUUACGUUUAUCUGCUUAUUUAGAGAGAAAUUAUAUUUCUUUUUUCGUUCUCUUAAUCGGUUUUCGUUUUUUUAAAGCGUUUUCUAUAUAUGUUGGUGGUAUUUGAAAGGACGAAAAAGAAGGUUGAAAUUUUACAAUAAAUCCACUACGAUAGUCAAGUCUUAAUAACUAGUUUUAAUAGGUGAACAAAGGAUUUGAAAGAAUCAAAAAUUAAGCGUAAGCAUAUAUUCUUUUCGUUAUUGCGACUCCAUUCAUCACAUUCAUCACAUUCAUUCACCAAAAGCUGUUGGUUUUUGAAUUAAAACUAUUUCGGUUCGUUUUUCUUACGAUAUUAUUUUGGAUUGUAGAAGCCUGUUAGAAUUUCAGCCUCGAAAUAUUACCAUGAAUUGAAAAGGCAAACUCCUAAUUAAGCAAGUUAAGAUGUUUUGUAGUUCCUUAAAUGUUGCAACUCGCGAACUGAUUUUAUAUAAUUUCUGGAUCUCUGCUCUGGCUAAUCAUCUCCUUAGCAAGGGCAUAGAAGGUGUUCAAAAACGGAGGCUGGAGAAACUAGGACGUUUGGCAUGACUCGAAUUGCGAAAGGCACCUUCUCCUUUCUUUCCUAUUUGAUGCACAGCGUUAUGCAGGUUGUGAUUAAUAUAAACUAUGCGCUGCGAUUAAAAACAAACUUUUCUGGCAAAAAAAUUAGUCUAUGAACGUUGAUACUUAAUAUGAUAUUUAUUACGAUAGUUAUUUAAAUACUUAUUGUUAAAUAGGCGCUUUCAGCGGGAUCUUGUCAGGCGGCGAUCAGCAAUUUUUUUUUAAUCGAUUGAUGUAAAGCCUGGAGUUGAAACGACUAUAUUUUAAAACUUUUAAAUUAUAUGCACUGAGUGCAAAGAUAAUUUCCUCGUAAAAAAGCUGCACCGUUUAGAAAGAUUUUUUGACUUAAAUUUUUCUAUCGUCACAGUCUCUUUAUCGGAAAUUGUAGGACAGGCGAUAUAGUACGUCAUGUAUUCAAAACAAUAACUCAUGCAUUGAUUACAUACAAUAAUCCCUUCUUUGCCAAAAAAAGGUAGUAUUUCGUACUUCAAACUGAGCCAAUCCAAUCCUAUUCGUCCAAGGGGUAUAAGUUAACAACUAACCAACCAAUUAGAAAUGAAACAAACAGAUAAAAGUAAGAUUUAAUUAGAGUUUCCCCUGUAAAAGUAAAAGUUCAGCAGUUGCCUCGCAACUCGUAAUUUUAUUUCUUUCUUUACAGCCACUAAAAUGGAUCAAAUCCCCGAGACGCCAGAAUGGAAUCAGAGUUUGGCAGAAGUUGCCCUUCCAUUUGCAAUAAAAGAAGAAACAAUCUCUUCAGAUGAUGAGUCAGAAGCCAAUUCGCAGCCACAGCAAAAAGAAACAAGUAAGUAAUCAUUUAAGCUUAGUUUAAUGCGAUAACUUUCGUACAUUUUAUAUUAAGCUGAUAGAUUGGAAUGUUUCACAGUUUUUAGAACUGCGAACUUUUUAUUGAAUUGGCCGUAAAUGAAUUAAAGUUUCGAAAGGGUAAACGACCAUCACAAGAAAGAAGGCCGAAGGUGUUUUAGAAAAUUAGGGCGUUUUUAAAAGUCAGUGUAACCUUCUUUUCCCAGAGAAAAAACUGAAAGUUCCAAAGCAUCGUUGCUUAAUAAAGCUAUCCAUCACUUAAGUUAUCUUAUUUGUGUUUUAAUCAUUUUCUUUCUUUUAACCAAGAUCAGUCAAAUUGUUGUUCCUUGAUUUUUAUGAAUUGUCUAUGUUACCACUGGAUUUUUCUUUUUAAAUGAAAAACUAAAAAGCAGGAGCCAAUUGUUUCUAUAUUUUGUAUUGUUAACUCAACUUGCGAUCUUACUGAACGAGAGGACAUCUGAAUUUUUCGGCGAGAAUUUUCGGCGGUUCCUUUUAUGAUCUUCCGCCGGUUGAAUUUAACAUCCAUUUAACAAAACUUUUAAAAAUUGGAUUAGCUUGCAAAGCACUAGAGUGAGUCAUUUUUCUAUCAUUUUUUUUUUCGUUAACUCAACCGUGAUUCAUGCCCUGAACGAGAGGAGAUCUGCAUUUAUCGCCAAGAACAUGUACGGAAAAAUCGUUCUGAGUACAACCUAAACAGCCUAAAGCGCCUUGCGAUUUGAAUGUUUCCGUUUCUUUCUACGGUCCAGUUCCGCUGAUUGAACAUUCAGCUCGAAAUGAGUCAGAUAUUUUAAAAACUGGAUAAACUUGAAAGGCACUAAACACACCGCCACUCUAGCUCAGCACGCGCUUAACAUUAAGUUGAUGCGUUACGUUGUGACAGGUGGUUCUUCACGAAAUUUUGGAGGAUUUUUUCCACAUAGAUAUGGAUGGUUACCGUUUGUUGAAGGAGUGGAUCGCCUGCUUCGGCCGUUAGUCGAACCAAGAAUUUAGUUCAAUUUAGUUUAGAUCAAGAGCCAUCCCUUAGUUUUUUUCAACCAAUGAAACAUGGGGUUCGUUAAGGAGCUUAUACAGAGCUAUGAAGAUAAGAGAACUGGUAUUCGACGACUUUACUGAGAAUAGACGACAAUUCCUUGAUGAAAAAAAAAGUAACUAAAUAUCGAUUUCAUUCGCUGUUUCCCGCUCUAGUUUUGAUUCAAUCAGGAUGUUAUUGAAUUCCCAUGAAUUUGUUUUUGACGUUGUUUUUCGCCACUUUUACAAAUUUAAGUUGUGGCUGCGGCAUUUUGAUGGUGUUACACUAAGCGAGUCAAAAUACCGCCUCGCGCACAGUCCUUCCUGGCAAAAUGUUUGCAAAGAGCAAUAUCACAUAGAACGAUUAUUCUCUCUGUCUAUUAAGCCACCGCUAGUUAGAAUCAUGUUGUUCCGUUCUGUAACCGCUUAACCGUAGUCUGACAAGUGAAUGAGUGAGUUUGUUUUCAGUUAAUCAUGCCAAACAUAAAAUUCAAUUAUUGUACUUCGAAAUUCUUAAGUGUCAACUCUCUUAAGUUAAAUUUACGAUUUCUUAUAAAAUUCCCUUUGGAAAAACACCAUAAAGAUACUUUGAAUUGUAGCAUCAUUUUAAGUUCCUUAGCGCAAAGAUUAUUUUUAACCAUGCCGUUGUUUUGCUAGUUGUUUUUCGCUCUUCCACCGGAAAAGUUGUGCGAUUUUGAUGGUGCCGGCAAAGAAAACAAGGGAAAUCACCGCCUCGAAGAGUUAUGCCUUCUUUCUCUUUUCGUUUUAAAUAUAAAAAAAUAUAGUCCCUCUUCUGAUAAAAAAGAUUUUUCAAAGAAUAGAGGAAAAGGAAGAACUCCCUUAAUUCGGUACAUUACAAUUCCCCAUACAUGAUGCUUUACCUAACCAAAGAUGAGUACCGCUGACCUACAUCAAUACAGUUGAACCCCUCACCAACGGCCGCCUUGGGGACAAAAGAAAGUGGCCGUUCUGGAGAGGAUUAAACGAGAGUCAAUGUGUAGACUGUUCGCCAAAAAAGUGACUGUUGUAGACAGGUGGUCGUUGUGGAGAAGUAGCCGUUAGUAGUCUUAGUAAAGGUUCGACUGUAGUCUCUCUUCUGUUAAAAACAACUUUCAAUGAAUGGAGAAAAAGGAAGAGCUCUUUGAAUUUGAUACCACCAUUUUCUAUAGACAAAUAGAUAGCUAAUUUCAGUACGAUGUAUAGAUAAUUUUCUCAUUCCAUUUUAUGGUCGUUCAGUUCAAAUCGUCCUCAAGGGAAAAAACGAUUAAUUCAGUAUGCGUUUGCUGCACGUGCCGGGGACAAUUAAUUCAAUUUGUACUUGACUGAUAUUGCGGUGUUUGCCACAGGCGCUUGGAACUCGUGGGUAUUUGCGUAAAUCGAGGGGGAAAUGUUGCCCCUAAGGUGGCGGUUUCCUGCUGUAAGUUUUUGAGUUUCAAACUGACAACUGAUUCAGCUCACAAACUGCACGCAAACUUUCUCAUAUGGAGAACAUUAUACUUGAAGAAAUGAUAUAAGACUGACGGCCGUUUAUACAAUAAAUAUUCAGUGUACAAGAGAUUAAUUAAGUACGUUAGGCGGCACAGGAUUUUAAAUACAUUUAGAUCAUUUGUGGAACGGCCUUUUGGGGACACGUCUUAUUAGGCCAAUCCCUUGGGCGUUAGUCAAUCAAACCAUCCCUGACCGGCUUCUCUAAAAAAAAGAGCAGAGUUUCCCAUUCUCCUCUUCUCCUCCAUUAUCAUUUCCAUUUUUUUAUUGUCUUUCUUUCAAUGGCUGUCACCCUCUGUUUCUACCAUAACGCCCUCUACACGUGAUAUUCUCUUGUUCACAGCGUUCCCCCCCCCCCCCCCCCCCCCCCCCCCCCCACCCCCCCCCACCCACCACCCCCCCCCCCCCCCCCCCCCCCCCCCCCCCCCCCCCCCCCCCCCCCCCCCCCCCCCCCCCUCCCCCACUUCCUCCCUACCCCCCCCUUUUCUCCACACUUUCCUCCCUCUUUUCCCCCUUUUUAACAUUUUUCAGAGGGCUGAGUUGGAAAAAGCUUUUGCAGCUUCGCCAUACCUUGCACCAAGGCAUCGGUAUGCCAUGGCGGCUAGAUUGGGUGUCAAGCCAGUUGCUAUACAGGUAUGUUUUUUUUAACCAACCAAGACGCUUUUUAAAUUUAAAGAGACCGAGGUAAUCUUAAUAGAAGUAGACGAGGUUAGAAUGGAAAGGCUUUCCGAGAACUGAUGAUCAAUAUUUGUCACUUGACAUUUUGAGAAAAGGUUGUUCUUGAAAAGGAGAGCAGUUUCUUGAACUUUUUUGGGGUUUCAUGUUUCUAAAGUUCGGAGACUGUAAAUGAAAGUGAGCACACGCUCCUAUGCCGCUGCUUGCAGAGUGUAAAAUUGUUCACAUCUCUUUUAAAAUUUUCCAACCGAAGGUUAAUUCCCCACUGUCAAUUAUUCCCCUCAUUAUAGACUGUUCCAGGCCGUAAG